AUGCCGAUAGUGGCGGGUUGUCUCGCUGCAUACGGGAGUGAUUCAGAAUCAGAAAAUGAUCAGCCCAAUGCAAGUCCCGAGAAAGUAGACCCAGACGCAAUCUCACAUCUUCAGCCUUUAAAAUCUGGAAGAAAGACGAGUUUAUCUGUUCUUAAUUCAGCACCUGAGGUCGCCGUCAAGGAAGAUGUUGAGACGGGCACACACAUUAAUCCCUCACUCAAAGAGCUCCUCUACAACCCUACUUACGAAACCAUGUUUGCACCCGAGUUUGGACCAGUUAAUCCAUUCAAAACGCAGCAAAUGGCUGCGCCAAGGAACAUGCUUUCUGGAUAUGCUGAGCCCGCCCAUGUCAACGAUUUCAUGUUUGAACAACAAAGAAGGACGUUUUCCACUUUCGGGUAUGCGUUAGACCCAUCUGUGGACAGCAGUCAAGUCUCAUCGAGCAGCUACAUAGGAGCAGUGGAGGAAGCAGAGAAAAAGAAAGGGUUGACCGUGUUUGAGUCGGGCCUAAAGAAGGAGAAGAGGAAGCGGGUGAAAGGGGGAGACGCGUCAGAGAUCGACAGCUUCUUGGGGCCCUGGGCCAAGUAUCAGGAUGAGAAGAACGUGGCCAAACCUUCAGAGGAGGAGCAGAAGGAGCUGGACGAAAUCACGGCAAAGAGGCAGAAAAGAGGCAAGAAUGAGGAAGAGGCCUUUGCUGAGGAGAAAACCAUUCUACACGUCAAAGACGUGUAUGACUACCAGGACCGCUCGUACCUGCACGUCCCGCAGGACGUGGGCAUUAACCUGUGCUCGGCGGAAAUACCUGACAAAUGUUACCUGCCCAAGAAGCAGCUGCACGUCUGGACCGGGCACACCAAGGGUGUCAGCGCCAUUCAGUUGUUUCCUGGGUCUGGCCACCUGCUUCUCUCCUGCUCUAUGGACUGUAAGAUCAAGCUUUGGGAAGUCUACAGUGACAGGAGGUGCUUACGGACAUUUAUUGGUCACAGUAAGGCAGUGCGCGACAUCUGCUUCAACAACGCUGGAACUCAAUUCCUCAGCGCCGGUUACGAUCGCUACCUCAAGCUGUGGGACUCUGAGACAGGUCAGUGCAUCUCCAGGUUCACUAACAGGAAAGUCCCCUACUGUGUAAAGUUUAACCCAGACGAGGACAAACAAAACCUGUUUGUUGCCGGAAUGUCGGACAAGAAGAUUGUGCAGUGGGACAUCCGCUCUGGGGAGGUGGUGCAGGAGUACGACCGCCACCUGGGAGCCGUCAACACCAUCACGUUUGUGGACGAGAACCGCCGCUUCGUCAGCACCUCCGAUGACAAGAGCUUGCGCGUGUGGGAGUGGGACAUUCCAGUGGAUUUCAAGUACAUUGUGGAGCCCAGUAUGCAUUCGAUGCCUGCGGUGACGUUAUCACCCAGUGGCAAAUGGCUAGCCUGUCAGUCCAUGGAUAAUCAGAUCCUGAUAUUCGGAGCCCAGAAUCGGUUCAGGCUCAACAAGAAGAAAGUGUUUAAGGGCCACAUGGUUGCCGGGUAUGCCUGCCAGGUGGACUUCUCUCCCGAUAUGAGUUAUGUGGUGUCUGGUGAUGCUGACGGGAAGCUGAACAUCUGGGACUGGAAGACCACCAAGCUGUACCACCGAAUCAAGGCACACGACAAGGUGUGCAUCAGCGCCCUCUGGCACCCCCACGAGACCUCCAAGGUCAUCACCUGCGGCUGGGACGGACAAAUCAAACUCUGGGACUAACAAGACAAGAGGGGAAAGGAAGGGGAAGAGCCGGUGGAAGAGUGAGCCUUAACAGCAGAGGGAGGAGACAGUCAGGUUGCUCCAUUCAACCCCCCACCAUGGUCUUUGCUCAGCUGAGCAGCUUUAGCGUCUGCUCCUUAGUAGAGAGUGGCUCAGUUCUCCAACCCUUGCUGUUUCACUGAAGUAGUUUAUAUUCUAGGCUUUGCUCAGUGCUGUGUGUGAAUACUGAAGUUUAUGGACUGGCAUCCAGUCCUGAUUUCUAGUGUAAUUCCCCGCCCCCCCCCCCUCCCCGCAUAUGGGUAUUUUAAAUUCUCUACUAUAUUUUCAUUUCAUUAUUAAGGAGUCCUCCACCGCUAAAGCCGUGCAUAUCAGCACUUCAGUUCAGCGUGAGGCAUCUGUUUCUAAGUGUAAUAAAACAUUUUGUACAUCA